AUGCCACGGUCCACGAGAGCAUCAGCGGCACGAGCCAAUGCAGCACUGACGAAUGGGGCUGAGCAGCUUUCCAGCCCUCCUGCGACGCCCGCCCCAGGAAAGAAAGGGAGGACGAAGGUGCCGAAAGCGAACGAAUCUCGCAUGAGAGAUCCUCCUGUAACGCCGGCGAGUAGCACGCGCAAACGCAGCAGGAAACCAAUCAAGCAGGAAGACGGCGACGUCAACGAAUUGCCUCACAACCUGGGGACUGCUCUCCAUACCCCCGGCGCAGAUACGUACUCUGGACCAGAGGAAUCUCGGCCUAACAAGCGACAGAGGACUGCAAGGAAGACCGAAUCUGAUGGCGAACCUGCGAUCAAGGGCGAGGACGUGGAGCAGCCGAGCGAGGUGAAGAAGACACCGAAGAAGGCCAAUUAUGGCUUGACACCAGGCACCUCGCCCUACCCCGACUAUCCACGUCCUACUGACGACGAGUGUCGUGAGGUGGUUCGACUACUGGAGAAGGUCCAUGGGAAAGCGAUUGCGCCUAAAGCUAUACCACCACCGUCACUGGAUGUCUCCGGCUGUGGCGAGGUUCCCUCUGUUCUGGACGCUCUCGUGCGGACACGUCUUAGCGCCAAUACUACCAAUAAGAAUUCUAGCACUGCAUUUCAGGGCCUCGUAGCUCGCUUCGGAACGCUUAAGGAAGGCAUUGGCAAAGGAAGUGUCGACUGGAAUGCUGUGCGACGCGCGCCGCAGAAAGAGGUCUUCAGAGCCAUUGAGCGCGGUGGCCUCGCUGAUCGGAAGUCAAAAGAUAUUCAAGCCAUACUCCAGAUGGCGUAUGAAGAGAACCAAGAACGAAAAGCAGCUUUGACCAGUGACGCCGAUUCUGCUGCUGGCGCCGACAAGGAACCUAAAGGCGAAAAGCAAGAAGAAAUUGCAAAGGCAACGCAGAACGUUAUCUCGCUGGAUCAUAUUCAUCUUCUGAGUACCGACGACGCGAUCAACAAGAUGCUCAGUUAUCCUGGGAUUGGACCAAAGACAGCAUCUUGUGUUGCCCUAUUCUGCCUACAGCGACCUUCAUUUGCAGUGGACACCCACGUGUUCAGGCUAUGUCAAUACCUGGGCUGGGUCCCGAAGACGACAAGGAAGGGGCAACCAAAGGUGGACAGGAACACGACCUACUCUCAUUGCGAUGUCCGCAUUCCAGAUGACCUGAAGUACCCACUUCAUCAAUUGCUGAUCAAACACGGAAAGACAUGCCCCCGCUGCAGAGCCGUCACGGGACAAACCAGCGCCAACUGGGAGGAGGGGUGUCCCAUUGAGCAUCUUGUCAAGAGACAUGGUGCAAAGAAAGGUGGCAUCUCAACAACAGACCGCAGGAAAGCUGAAGCUGCCGCGGGACUGGCAGGAGAUGACGUGGACGAAGGCGGUGCAGAUGGCAAAGAGGUUGAAACGAGCUGA